AUGACUACGAGUCACCCACAGGAUGUCUAUCACACAGUCAAUCUGGUGACGCAAUGUCUGUGCAUUCCGAUGGUUACGAUAUUUGUGGCCUUGCGCUUCUAUACCCGACUCCGGUUCAAGCAGAGCCUCGGAGUUGAAGAUUAUUCUUGCGCUGUGGCUUGGGCAUUGUUUAUGGGAUACUGCGCCAUAGGUAUUGUCGUUGGUAACUAUGGCGGAGGUUAUCACUUCGACGAGUUGAGCCAAGAGACCCAGAUCCAAUACAAGAAGUUCUGCUAUAUCGCCACCAUCCUCUACUGCCCGAUGGCCCUCUUCGUCAAAAUCGCCCUCCUAGCAAUUCUGACUCGCAUAUUCGCUCCUUACCGUGGCAAAGUGUGGUUCAUUUACAUCCUACUCGGCUGUCUUUGCACUUACUAUAUCAUCGCCCUCAUCAUCAAGAUUCGCAUGUGCUAUCCCAUUCCUGUCUACUGGCUAGGAAAACUUCCGAAUGGCGAGGGCUCAUGUCUCGAUCAAACGGCCGCCUUGAUUGCCGACUCGGUUAUCAGUGUUGUUAGCGACCUCAUCAUCCUUGUCCUGCCCUUGCCAUUGACAUGGUCACUACAAAUGUCGCGUAGUCGCAAGCUUCGGGUGAUUGGUCUUCUCGGUGCUGGAGGUCUUGCGACUGGGUUCAGUGUGUACCGAUUGAUCCUGGUCCUGAAGGAUGGCAAGUCCUCGGAUAUGAGUAUCGUGUUCAUGUGUGUCAUUAUGUCUGGCAAUGCCGAGGGUGGUGUUGGAUUGAUUUGCGCAUGCCUUCCUGUUCUCAACGUCCUCUAUGCCCACUACCGGAAAGAAUACUCAUCUCAAAAAUACUACAACCAGAGCUCUGAUAUUCGGCUGGGGGAACGCAAGUCGGGGAACAACUCUCAGUCCGCCAGCCGGUUUGGCAAGACGCCAAACUUCGGUGAUCAAAAUGAUCAAAGCCAUCUGAUCUCCUUCGCUGGAGCUCCGGAUGCAGCUGACUCGAUCUAUAAUGAUGAUGGGAUUAGAAAAACGGUUGCCGUGUCACAGACCGUAGAAAGUGCCGAUGGCGAUAGUCGAUGA